AUGGACAAUCUCAUUGCUCCCCUAGGUGCCCUUACUCAUCUUGACGAGGCAAACAGACUCCGCCUUCAAGAUGGUUUGCACGAAGCAGCCGAGGCUCUUGAGACCCCUUACGACAUGAUGCUUCGCUUGUUGAACGCGGGAAGGCAAACAGCCAUGCUUAAGAUUGGAUACGAUUUGGAGAUAUUCACAACUCUUGCCAGCCGCACAGAGCCAUUUUCAAUUGAUGAACUAGCGUCAGGCAAAAGCGUUGACCCCCUUCUUAUGUCCCGAGUGUUACGUUUUCUUGCCGCCAACCGUUUCAUCACUGAAACAGAUAAGAAUCUCUUUACUGGGAAUAAGUCCACCAAGGGACUCUCAGACCCUCGAAUUCAGGGCGGGUUACUUCAUGCUUUCCACAUUAGUGUCCCAGCUUAUCAGGCCCUGCCAGAAUAUCUGCAAGAAAACAAGUACCAGAACACCACUGGAGGACAAUGUGCCUGGCACAAGUCCGCUAAUACCGAUCUGGAAUUCUUCCCAUGGGCAAAGCAAAACCCCCAGAUUCUCAAAUACUUCCAGCAGCUUAUGAGUAUUCCUCGGGAUGGCAGCUGGCUCGACGUUAUACCGUUUGAGGACGAGGCCAAUGACCCCACUGACCGGAAAGUCUUUGUCGAUAUCGGCGGCAAUAUCGGUCACCAGUGCGCGCGCUUGCUUGCUAAACACCCAGGUUUGGCUGGUCGAGUCGUCUUGCAGGAUCGUGAGGAGACCAUUCGACGUGCACCCGAGGUUAAUGGUGUAGAUUUCAUGGUGCAUGACUUCUUCACGAAGCAACCAGUGAACGGUGCCAAAUUUUACUACCUGCGCGCGAUCCUCCAUGACUGGGAGGAUGAUAAGUCGGUGGAAAUUCUGAAACAGAUUAUUCCAGCCAUGUCGGAGGACUCGCAGAUCUUGAUCGAUGAUCUGGCUCUUCCAAACACCAGUGUUCACUGGUGGAGUACCUGCAUCGAUAUGCAGAUGUAUAUCAUGCAUGGAGCGAUGGAGAGAACGGUUGACCAGUGGUAUGCGCUUUUGGACAAGGCAGGCUUGAAGGUGAAGGAAAUCAAGACCUAUAGUCCUGUGAUGCGGAACUCGGUCAUUGUGGCCGUCCCGAAAUAA